AUGGCUCCUGAAGCGUUAAAAUUUGUUAAGGAUACACUUACCGCCGGCGCACAACCUGCCGUCAUGAGUAAACUCCUUCAAGACAAGUUCGGUACCAAUCUCAUUAGCAAGGAUCUAAUCAAUAUCAAGCGAACAUUAACAGGAAAGUCACAAGAUGAGUGGGCGGAUACUGUAGCUUUUCUUCAGGAGCUACAGAAGUGGUUUCGGUCUGCCGUUUACGCCGCAUUGGAGGCGGAAUUUCACGAAGCUAAAUCGCAACUACAGGCACUAGGAAAAGAGAUUGCAGCUUUCUUUGAUGGGAAUUGGUUUAAUAUUGCAGAUAAGUGA